AUGACGAAGGGUGAUAGAGAAAACAUGAAUGAACAAAUUCACAGAGAGUACUGCUAUCACCAUGAGGAGUUUCGUCACCAUCACAUUAAAGCUGCCGCUUUUAUGACAAUUCCUGCGCUGCUCAUCGGGGCCUUCGCUGGCUACUACUACCAUACUGGCAGGUUUCUGUGGCAGGGUGAUCCACAGUAUAUAUUGAACAUGAUUCGGCAGCCAGAUACUUCACCGCAUAGCAGGUUACACGGCUAUAAGCUUGAGGGGACUGAGCCACCCACGCAUGUGAAGGUGUACCGUGAAAGGAAUUGGGAGAGGCGUCUUGCCCUUGAGGGUGGCAUCCGCAGCGAGGAGGGGGCAAAAACAUAA